AUGUGUUGCUCGUUCUUAGGUCAAAUAAUAUUCGGUGCUAUAAUGGCAGUGGCAUUAGGCUUAACACUUGCAUCCAUGUUUACACCAGGCUGGAGAGAUUUUCAAGAAAUGAUAGCUCAGAAUAAAACGACGCCCGACGCUGCUGGUUUAUUUCCGUUCUUAUGCAGAACUCCGAGCAGCAACAGUUCAUCGUUAUUUGCUUCCGAAAUUACAGACGAAGAUUACUGCAAACAGUGGUGGGAUAACUUGCAAGGCUACGAAAAAGUUGUAAUAGUGGCAAUGUGUGCAGCAGGUUUACUUGAAGUUGCGGCAUUGGCAUGGACGCUGUUCAGUAUAUUUGCAUGUUGCUGCAAAAACCUUCUAAUUCACCCGCUUCCAGCAUUUGCCUCACUUAUUACAUUCUUCCUCGCAUUGGCCAUUGGCUUAUAUGGGACCAAACACAAGGAAUCAAUUGGUGGAAUACCGGAUUCCGUAAAAAGCGUGAAUGAGGCCUCAGAAGUUGGUUAUAGCUUCUAUAUGGCAUGCGGAGCGUUAGCAGCUGCUAUAUUUGAUAUUAUCGUAGGAGCUUCCUCCGUAGCUCUCGCAAAAAGAUGUUUGUAA